AUGGAUGCACCAGGACUCCAAGUGCCGCAGGGACUUCUUGUACAGCCGCAGCACCUUCUGCUGGUGCGUCAGGUAGGCCGCCAUGUCUCGCCGACCCGCGGGGCUGACGGGAAGGACGGUACGGCACUGCGCAUGCGCCGCGCCGCCACCGCCGCCAUGAGCCGCGCCAAGCUCGUGGAUAUCGGCGUUAACCUCACGGACCCCGUGUUCAGGGGGAUCUACAGGGGAACGCGAAAACAUCAAGAUGACCUUUUGGAUGUGGUAGAGAGAGCUGUCAAAGUUGGUGUUAAAAAGUUUUUGAUUACAGGUGGGAGUCUCCAGGACAGUAAAGAUGCAUUGCAGCUGGCACAGACCAAUGAUAUGUUUUACAGCACAGCUGGCUGCCACCCUACACGCUGCGGGGAAUUUGAGCAGAGUAACCCUGACCAGUAUUUAUCAGAAUUAAAAAAUCUAAUUGAAAAGAAUAAGACAAAGAUAAUAGCAGUUGGAGAAUGUGGCCUAGAUUUUGACAGAUUGGAGUUUUGCCCAAAGGACAUCCAACUCAAAUACUUUGAAAAACAGUUUGACCUGGCAGAGCAAACAAGACUGCCCAUGUUUCUUCACUGCAGAAACUCACAUGCUGAAUUUUUAGACAUAAUGAGAAGAAACAGAGAUAGAUUUGUUGGAGGAGUGGUUCAUUCUUUUGAUGGCACAAAGGAAGAAGCAGCAGCAAUAAUAGAUUUGGAUCUUUACAUUGGAAUAAAUGGCUGUUCAUUGAAAACAGAAGCCAACUUGGAAGCACUGAAAUCAAUUCCUAGUGAACGAUUAAUGAUAGAGACCGAUGCACCCUGGUGUGGAGUGAAAAAUACUCAUGCUGGAUCGAAAUAUGUGAAAACUACAUUUCCUACCAAAAAGAAAUGGGAAAUGGGGCACUGCCUGAAGGACAGGAAUGAGCCCUGCCAUAUAAUUCAAAUAUUGGAAAUUAUGGCAGCAGUAAGAGAAGAUGACCCACUCGAGUUGGCCAAUACUCUAUAUAACAACACUAUUAAAGUCUUCUUUCCAAAUAUAUAAAGUUUUCUUACAUUUAUUCAACAUAACUUUAGUAAGUAUAUUGCAAAAAAGUUAAGACUGAUCAUAUCUGCAAGUUCUUAUCGACAGAAGCCAAUAUGUAGUGCUUUUUGUACAAGAUUAAAGCUGAUUUUGAAAAAGUGG